AUGAGCUUUUUCGUAGCCACCUCUGCAGACAAUGGUACCAAUGAUGGUCUUCUGCCUUACCUGAUGGCCCUCGAUCAGUAUCAGCUGGAAGAAUUCAAGCUUUGCCUGGAACCCCGUACGCUGAUGGACUUCUGGUCGGCCCCCCAGGGGCACUUCCCGCAUAUCCCCUGGGCAAACUUGAGAGCUGCUGACCCCUUGAAUCUGUCCUUUCUUUUGGACGAACACUUCCCAAAAGGUCAGGCAUGGAACGUGGUCCUUGGCAUCUUCCACACAAUGAAUCUGACCUCACUGUGUGAGAAAGUUAGAGCCAAGAUGAAAGGGAAUGUGCAGACCCAGGAGCCCCAAGAUGCAACCCAAGAAGAUGCAGAGAUGCUAGAAGCAGCAGCAGGGAAUGUGCAGACCCAGGAAUGCCAAGAUCCAAACCAAGAAGCAGAGCAGCUGGAAGAAAAAGCAGGGAAUGGGCAGACGCAGGGUUGCCAAGAUCCAAAGCAAGAAGAACCAGAGGAGCCAGAAGAAGCAGACCACAGAAGAAAAUACAGAGAGAAAAUGAAGGCUAAAGUGUUGGAGAAAUGGGACGACAUCCCUUGGCCUGAAGACCACGUGUAUAUCCGUAGUACAUCAGAGGAUGAACACCAGGAACUGCAGCACCUGCUGGAUCCUCACGGGACUGGAGCCCAGGCCCAGACCAUAGUCUUGGUGGGGAGGGCAGGGGUUGGGAAGACCACCUUGGCAAUGAAGGCUCUGCUGCAUUGGGCAGAUGGAGUUCUCUUUCAGCAAAGGUUCUCCUAUGUCUUCUAUCUCAGCUGCCAUAUGACGAGGUACAUGAAGGAAACUACCUUUGCCAAAUUGAUUUCUCGGGAUUGGCCCAAUUCUGAUGCCCCCAUUGAAGAGUUCGUGUCUCAGCCCGAGAAGCUCCUGUUUAUUGUUGAUGGCUAUGAGAACAUGAUCGCAGUUGAGCCAGACUCUGAUGGGCUGGACGAUGGCCCGCCAUGUACAGACUGGUACCAGGAGCUCCCGGUGACCAAAAUCCUACUCAGUUUGUUGAAGAAAGAAUUGGUUCCCCAGGCCACCUUACUGAUCACAAUCAAGACCUUUUAUCUGACAGAUCUUAAGGGCUUGGUGGUGAAUCCAUGCUUUGUACAAAUGACAGGGUUCACAGAGGAAGACCUGUGGGUCUAUUUCAUGAGACACUUUGAUGAUUCAAGAGAAGUGAAGAAAAUCCUACAACAGAUAAGAAAAAACGAAACUCUAUUUGAUUCCUGCAGUGCCCCCAUGGUGUGCUGGAUUGUAUGUUCUUGUCUGAAGCAGCCGCAGGUGAGGUAUUACGCGCUCCAAUCAGUCACUGAGACCACCACCAGUCUGUACGCCCACUUUUUCACCAACUUGUUCUCCACAGCAGAGGUGGAUUUGGCAGAUGACAGCUGGCCAGGACAAUGGAGGGCCCUCUGCAGCCUGGCCAUAGAGGGGCUGUGGCCUAUGGCCUUCACAUUUAACACGCAGGCCACUCAGCGCGAAGGCCUGGAAGUGCCUUUCCUCGAUUAUCUCUACCAGCUCAAUAUUCUUCAAAAGGUCAGUGACUGUGGGGGUUGCUUUUCUUUCACCCACCCAAGUUUGCAGGAGUUUUUUGCAGCCCUGUCCUUUGUGCUGGAGGAACCUGAAGAAUUCCUUCAGCAUUCCGCAAAGUAUGAAGAGAUGAAGCUGUUACUGCAGGAUGCCUUGGUUAACAAAGAACCCUAUUGGACUCCAGUGGUUCUUUUCUUCUUCGGUCUUUUAAACAGAAACAUAGCGAGAGAACUGGAAGAUACUUUGCAUUGUAAAAUGUCUCCCAGGAAAAUGGAGGAAUUAUUAAAGUGGAGGGAAGAGUUAGAUAAGGCGGAAAGUGCCUCCAUCCAAUUUCAUGUUCUAAGAUUUUUUCACUGCCUACAUGAGUCCCAGGAGGAAGACUUCGUAGAGAAGAUGUUGGAUCACACCUUUGAAGUGGACCUUAAUAUUUUGAGAGACAAAGAACUCAAAGCUUCUUCAUUUUGCCUAAAGCAGUGUAAAAGGUUGAAUAAGCUAAGGCUUUCUGUUGGCAGUCACAUCCUUGAAAGGGACUUGGACACUCUGGACACAAGCAUGGUCAGUUCCAGGAUGCACGCGUGGAACAGUAUUUGCUCUGUGUUGGUCAGAAAUGAGAAUGUGCGUGAACUGGACCUGAGUAACAGCAAGCUCCAUGCCUUGUCCGUGAAAGCUCUAUGUCUUGCACUAAAAAAUCCAAGAUGCAAAGUCCAAAAACUGACGUGCAAGUCAGUAACUCCUGAGUGGAUUCUCAAGGAGCUCAUUCUUGCCCUCCAGGGUAACAGCAAGCUGACCCAUCUGAACUUGAGCUCCAACAAGCUGGGAGAGACUGCCCCCCUGAUUCUUAAAGCCUUGAAACACUCAGCCUGCAAACUCAAGUAUCUGUGCCUGGAGAAAUGCAACCUGUCAGGGGCCAGCUGUCAGGACCUGGCCUUGUUCCUGAUCAGCAUCCGACAAGUAACUCGACUGUGCCUGGGAUUUAAUCGGCUCCAAGACUCUGGCAUAAAGCUGUUGGGUGCUGCCCUGACUCACCCCGAGUGUGUCUUGGAGAGGCUGGAGCUCUGGUUUUGCCAGCUGGGAGCACGUGGUUGCAGGCACUUGUCAGACGCUCUCUUGCAGAACAGGACCCUGAUGCACCUGAAUCUGAGCAAGAACUGCCUGGGAGAUGAGGGAGUCAAGUUCCUGUGUGAAGCCUUGCGUCACCCUGAUUGUAAGCUGCAGAGCCUGAAUUUGUCAGGUUGCUCUUUCACAAGAGAGGGCUGUCAAGAGCUGGCUACUGCCCUCAAGCACAAUCACCAUGUGAAAAUCUUGGACGUUGGAGAAAAUGAUCUUGGGGAUGAUGGAGUCAAGCUGCUGUGUGAGGCUCUGAAACCUUCACAUCAUGCUUUGUACACACUUGGGUUGGCAAAAUGCAAUCUGACGACUGCUUGCUGCCCGCCUCUUGUCUCUGUUCUCCGCAGCAGUAAGACCCUGGUCAAUCUGAACCUUCUAGGCAAUGAGCUGGAUCCCGAUGGUGUUAAGAAGCUAUGUAAGGCCUUGAGGAAGUCGACAUGCAGGCUACAGAAACUCGGGUAA